GGAAGCCAGACCCAGGGCCGGAUGCAGCGCGAGGAGGAUGGAGUCUCCUGACAGCCUCCGGGGGCUGCUGUGAAAUCUGACCAUCUGAUACCAGUUUUUGUUUGUUUGUUUGUUUUUUAAUUGCCUCCUCUUGCCAUCCAACGAGUAGUCAGUGAUUAAAUCGUACUCCGUUCCAAGAGAGGAGACCAUGAUUGAGUGAAGCCGCCCGUCCACAGCAAGGAAAAAGCACAAAGAAGGAACUACAACCAUGGCCAAGUUGACCGAAUCCAUGACUAACGUCCUGGAGGGCGACUCCAUGGAUCAGGACGUGGAGAGCCCCGUGGCCAUUCACCAGCCCAAGUUGCCUAAGCAGGCCAGGGAUGACCUGCCCAGGCACGUCAGCCGAGACCGGACCAAAAGGAAAAUCCAGAGGUACGUGCGGAAGGACGGCAAGUGCAAUGUCCACCACGGCAACGUGCGGGAGACCUACCGCUACCUGACCGACAUCUUCACCACGCUGGUGGACCUCAAGUGGAGGUUCAACCUGCUGAUUUUCGUCAUGGUGUACACGGUGACGUGGCUCUUCUUUGGGAUGAUCUGGUGGCUCAUCGCAUACAUCCGGGGGGACAUGGACCACAUAGAGGACCCCUCGUGGACUCCCUGCGUCACCAACCUCAACGGGUUCGUCUCUGCUUUUUUAUUCUCCAUAGAGACAGAGACCACCAUUGGCUACGGCUACCGGGUCAUCACAGACAAGUGCCCCGAGGGGAUCAUUCUCCUCUUAAUCCAAUCUGUGUUGGGGUCCAUUGUGAACGCAUUCAUGGUGGGGUGCAUGUUUGUAAAAAUAUCACAGCCCAAGAAGAGGGCAGAGACCCUGGUUUUCUCUACCCACGCGGUGAUCUCCAUGCGGGAUGGGAAGCUGUGCCUGAUGUUUCGCGUGGGGGACCUUCGGAAUUCCCACAUCGUGGAGGCUUCCAUCCGAGCCAAGCUGAUCAAAUCCAAACAGACCUCAGAGGGGGAGUUCAUUCCUUUGAACCAGACGGACAUCAACGUCGGGUAUUACACCGGAGAUGACCGGCUGUUUCUGGUGUCCCCACUCAUCAUCAGUCACGAAAUCAACCAACAGAGUCCCUUCUGGGAAAUCUCCAAAGCCCAGCUGCCCAAAGAGGAACUGGAAAUUGUGGUCAUCCUAGAAGGAAUGGUGGAGGCUACAGGGAUGACGUGCCAAGCCCGGAGCUCCUACAUCACCAGUGAGAUCCUGUGGGGCUACCGGUUCACGCCGGUCCUGACGCUGGAGGACGGCUUCUACGAAGUGGACUACAACAGCUUCCACGAGACCUACGAGACCAGCACGCCCGCCCUCAGUGCCAAAGAGCUGGCCGAGCUGGCCGGCAGGGCAGAGCUGCCCCUCAGUUGGUCCGUGUCCAGCAAACUCAACCAACACGCGGAACUGGAGACCGAAGAGGAAGAAAAGAACCUCGAGGAGCAAACGGAAAGGAACGGUGACGUGGCCAACCUGGAGAGCGAGUCCAAAGUGUAGCCCCCUGGCCGGCCACUCCCUCUCCCGUCCCCACGACCUGUCCUUGUCUCUCACCCUCUUGCUUUUCUGUCUCUCCUACUUCACUCUUUAUUCACAUUUAAUUUUGGGAUUACCAGACAUCAGCUCUCCAAGGUAUAAAAUAUCUACCUGCCCCGUCUCAGUCACUCAGACCAACGAGCGGACGCGGAGGCGUGGAAGGUGCGAGGUGCCAAACGCCCCGCGCCCACCUCCUAGAGGUCCAAGCCGCUCGCCCGCAAUGUCCUGGCACAGCAGCUCACUCAGAGGAGCGGGUCCCAGACUUGACCUGGGACACGCGUCCGGUCUCCAGCCCUCCCCAUCCAUGCAGCGAGGCACAGAGCACAGACCCCAACACGUCCCAUGUCCAGGGCGAGGCGCUGCCCGGGGGGGCCAUUGCGGGGUAGGACCCAGGCGAGGC